UAUCAAUGAAAAAUUCCCUGCCACAAUGCCACAUUAUGUCAAUGGACCCUUUACUCUCUCACAUGCAUACAUGUGCAUAGCAUAUGUAUGUGUCUAUAUAGAGGAGGGUUAGUGACCAAGAGAGCCAUGUGUCAGUGUUUGAACUUUAGAUAGUAUCAAUAUAAGUUUCUCUUUAUAGAAAUGGUUGACAGAGAAUGCUUUGAGUACAAUUUUGCAGGUGCUAGUAGUGGUGGUGCCUCCGGUGAGGAAGAUGGUGUCAUUAAGGAGCAAGAUCGCUUGUUGCCGAUAGCAAAUGUGGGUCGGAUCAUGAAGCAGCUCUUGCCCCCUCAUGCUAAAAUAUCCAAAGAAGCUAAAGAAACCAUGCAAGAAUGUGCAUCUGAGUUCAUUAGUUUUGUUACUGGAGAAGCGUCCGACAAGUGUCACAAAGAGAAGAGAAAGACCGUGAACGGGGACGACAUCUGUUGGGCUCUCGGGAGUCUAGGGUUUGACGACUAUGCUAAGCCAUUAAAAAGGUACUUGAAUAGAUAUAGGGAGUUAGAAGGAGAGAGAGGUAACCAAAACAAGGGUAUCAACAAUGAAGAAAAAGAUGAACCGCCAAACUAUGAUAGAGUGGGCUGCUUAUGAUGAAGGGAAUAAUUGAUCACCUCAAGCUUUGGUCGUCAUCAGACAAAAAUGUAAGGCCUCUUUGUUCUAUUUGACAAGAACACCCUAAACUUUAAUGUGUAUUUGUUCAAAAUGCUGUAUUAAGAUUUGAUUAGGGUUUUCACCGUUUUUUGAGGAUGAGAAUUCAACAUUUAUCGAUUUAGAUCUGAUAUGUUUUCUAUCAAUUGUUUUCUGAGUUUGUUGUGUGGUUGAUCAUGUAGUCUAAAUGAUGAA